UUAUACUGAAACGGAGGGUUUGGGAGUAAGAAGAGAAAAACUGAUAAAACCCUAGCUAUAUCUUUUCCCUUCCCUCCCUUUCUCCGGUUCGCUGCCCGCUCUCCCCCUACUUGGCGGCCGCUCUCGCUGCACUUCUUGCUCCCGCCUUCACGCCAGGUAAGCAAUGGUUAAGCAUAACAACGUUGUGCCCAAUGGACACUUUAAGAAACAUUGGCAGAAUUAUGUGAGAACUUGGUUCAACCAACCGGCCAGGAAGACACGACGCCGCAUUGCUCGACAGAAGAAGGCUGUGAAAAUAUUCCCACGGCCAACUGCUGGACCUCUUCGACCUAUUGUACAUGGUCAGACUCUGAAGUACAAUAUGAAACUCCGAGCUGGGAGAGGAUUUUCCCUUGAGGAGCUGAAGGCUGCUGGAAUCUCAAAGAAACUGGCACCUACAAUUGGCAUCGCUGUGGACCACAGGCGCAGAAACCGCUCCUUGGAGGGUCUGCAAGCUAAUGUUCAAAGGCUGAAGACUUACAAGGCUAAGUUGGUUAUCUUCCCAAGACGGGCUCGUCACUUCAAGGCUGGUGAUUCUACUGCUGAGGAGCUUGCCACUGCCACACAAUCCCAGGGAGAGUACAUGCCCAUUGAACGCGAGAAGCCAGGUGUAGAAUUUCUCAAGGUCACAGAUGAAAUGAAGUCAUUCAGGGCAUACAACAAGAUUCGACUGGAGAGGAUGAACAAGCGUCAUGCUGGAGCUAGAUUGAAGAAGGCUGCUGAGGCCGAAAAAGAAGACAAGAAGUAAACUGCUACCAAAUUGACUUCUUUUGGAGCCGUCGUUGGAAUUCUGUUUCCCUCUUUCAAUUUUGUUUAGGUUUCGAGGACGGGGUUCUAUCUAGUAUAUUUAAACUUCCUGUGUCAGUUUCUCCGUUUGCGUGUUUUUCAGCAUUUUGUCAUGAUACAUGGCUUCGCACAACAAGAUUCAUUUAUUAAGCAUCGUAGGAUCUUCUUUUGA